AUGACCUCGAGAAAGCGAACAAAGGUCGGAAGUGCCUGCAAACGCUGCCGAGCUCAGAAGCUUAAGUGCGAUAUUCAACGGCCGUGUACUUUGUGUCUUCGUGCCGGGAUCGAUUGUCAAUCCGGUGCUGUUGAUCAAUGGAGAUCGUUUCAAUCUCCUCAGGCCGACUCAUCGGGUAACUCGGCUCCGAAAAGAAAGCGGGCGCAAAAAACAGAUCAGUCCAAAAACCCCUCCCGUCCGUCUACUUCUACGGAACAGCAACAGCAGCAGCCAUGGUCAAGUUCAACCAUGUCUCUUGUAGAAGGGAUCUAUGCUCAUGUCGAGUAG